CUAGCUUCAUUGCUGAUAUUCUUACAGAAUACAGGGCAGGCAAGACAGCCACACUGAGGGAAAUGCAUAUUCAGGGGUAGACAGAAGGAAGCUUUGGCUGGGUAAUGUGAACCCCCAUCAACAUCUCUCAGGCCCCCCAAAUUUGGGAGUGGCAAUGACUCCUCAACAACUAGACUUGCUUGUAAUGCAGCCCCCAGGGGCUUUUUUUUUAAAAGGGAAAAGUCACUAUGGAGAAUGUGCCUGCUUUCUUUGUCUCCAACAGACAGAUGGGCACAGGCAACAUAAUUCUGGAAGUACCCACCAAGCCUCCUUUUCUGCUUUUGGCCAUGCUCCUCAGGGGAAAUCCUAUGGAGGAGGUGCUGGCAAUCCCUACCAGUUGUCAAACAAUUAUUUCACAUCUGACAGGUUAGCCUGAAUAACAAAAGCAACUGAUACCAUGACGAAGAGAUAGGAGGUGAUGUGUAGCAGGCAGGCCAUGUUACCAACACUACGACCAACCCCCAUGCCUCCUCAAUCCCCCAACCAUCACCAUCUUCACCAUCACUUCACCUCAGAUACUGUGGGGGACAGCCUAGGAGAUGGCAUCAGAGACCCCUGGCAAGAUCAAUAUUGCUAGCUUUGUGUUCCCAGCCCUUAUACUGGGAAGCAACUUUAGUAGUGAUGAAGCCUGGAAACUGCAUCUGCAGAGGUUUGGUCCAACAGGGAUUUUGGAAAGUGCUCUCUCAAUUGCUCAAGAUGACCAAUGGAGGAGGAUUCGAACAGUGUUGUCUCCAGCAUUUACAAGUGGAAAACUCAAGGAGAUGUUUCCCAUCAUUAACCACUAUGGAGAUGUUUUAGUGAAGAACAUGCACAAAGAAGCAGAGAAGAGCAAGCUUGUAAGUCUGAAAGACAUUUUUGGGGCCUACAGCAUGGAUGUGAUUACCAGCACUUCAUUUGGUGUCAACAUUGAUUCCUUGAAUAACCAGAAUGAUCCCUUUGCCAGAGAAAGCAAGAAAUUAAUGAAAUUCAAUAUUCUGGACCCAUUCUCACUUACAAUAAGGCUCUUUCCAUUCCUUGAUCCUUUGUAUAAAAAAUUGGAUCUAAGCUUAUUUCCAAAAGAGUCAAUCAACUUCUUAGCAAAAGCAAUUAAAAAAAUAAAGGAAGAACGAAAGAAAAAUACACAGAAGAACCGGGUAGAUUUCCUUCAGCUUUUGAUGGAUUCUCAGACUUCUAAAAAUUCAGAGACACACUCUUACAAAGAAUUAAGUGAUGAAGAAAUCCUGGCCCAGUGCAUUAUAUUUCUUUUUGCUGGCUAUGAACCCACCAGCUCAGUCAUCUCCUUCCUUUUUUACAACCUGGCCACCCACCCUGAGAUCCAGGAGAAACUUCAGCAGGAGAUAGAUGCAGUUUUGCCCAACAAGGAAGCAGUCACGUAUGAUGCCCUACUACAGAUGGACUACCUAGACAUGGUAAUAAAUGAAAAUCUCAGGCUGUUCCCCAUAAGCGGAAGGAUAGAAAGGGUUGCUAAGAAAACUGUUGAAAUCAAUGGACUUACAAUUCCAAAAGGGACAGUGGUGAUGACUCCAGUUUUUGUCCUUCAUCGUGACCCAGAACACUGGCCAGAACCAGAGGAAUUCUGCCCUGAAAGGUUCAGCAAGGAAAACAGGGAGAGCAUCAACCCCUAUGUAUACCUGCCCUUUGGUGUUGGUCCCCGAAACUGUAUUGGGAUGAGAUUUGCACUUAUGAGUAUGAAAGUUGCUAUUAGCCGACUCCUGCAAGAAUUUUCCUUCAGAACUUGUAAAGAGACACAGGUUCCUGUAAAGUUGAACAGACACUCACUCCUUUCUCCAGCUGUACCCAUUUAUCUGCAGCCUGUAAGAAGGAGCAAGAAGGCAAACCAACAUUAGCAAUCCUCCAUCUACUUCUACUCACCUCCUAGUGUCUAAAACCACUGAAUCCUAGGAGUUAAAAAGUAAUUUGAUUUACAUUUUCAACAAAAGAAAGAAACAGAAUUUUUUCCCUAAAAUCUGCCAACAAUGAGUAAUUAGCUGUUAGAAAUGGUCUUUUGGAAAUCUCUAUGUCUGAGGGCUAUUAUUUAAUGUUCAGUAGUGUAAAGUGUCACAUACCCUGAUCCAGCUGAUCAUGGUGUAAAAUGACUUACUCCAAAUAGAUUUGUGCCACUUGAUAUUACUAGUAGUAGGCCUCCACCAGUCGUGGACAACCAUGGAUCAGCGCCUUGAAGAGCCGCAGGCCACAGUGUGGCUGUGCAGUCUGAUGUGGGAGCCGCAGCUCCUGAGUGACUUAUAACCAGUAACUGCCGCAUUCCGUGUUGUAUCUACCCCAUGGGGAGUAGCUGGAGUCUCCUCUCCAUGCACUGGUCUGGGCGAUAAAUAUGAAAAACAAGCUGUUGCCCAUGCAGCAGGUUUUCCCUCUCCGCAACAUUGGUGGAUACAAAGGAGAGGCAGAGCCAAUACAGUUUGGCACCAGUGCCGCUGCAGGAGUUGCC